UUGAAAGGAGAGGAUAUACCAUCCCUCAAUGACUUUUUUAUAUUCAAACGCAACUGACCAUUCGUAAAAUAAUGAUAUGUAUCGAGACCCAGCAUUUCAACAUAAAUCGUAUUCUUAUGCUGGCCGUUGGCUUAUGGCCAUACCAGCGAUCAAAAUUUGUUGAAUUUCACGUAUUCAUCUGUUACAGUAUUCUAGUUAGUUUUAUUAUAUUUCAGCUUACACCAUUCCUAACUUCAAAAUGCAAUCCUAAUCUAAUUAUGAGAACUCUCUCCUUCGUAUUAUUUGUACUUCUAUUUCUGAUUAAAUAUAAUACAUUUUGGAUUAACAUCGGUAUUGUGAAAUCUUUAUUGGAACAACUUCAGCAUAUUUGUAAUGAACUAAAAGACGAAAAUGAAAUUGCUAUUAUAAAAAAGUGUGGCAAUAACGCAAAAUGUUAUACAAUUAUACUUCUAUUGUUUGCCGUAUGCUGUAUAUUUACUAUUAUUUUGAUGCCAAUUUGGUCACGAAUUGUUGAUAAUAUUUUGCUCACCGAAUUGCAAUCACAUCGUGUGAUAGACAUCUUUAACACUGAAUAUUUUAUUGAUGAAGAAAAAUAUUAUUAUUUAAUUUUGUUACAUUUUUAUGCAACCAUUUCUAUAGGUGGAAUUGCACUCGUAGCAACAGGAACGAUGCUUAUUGCAUAUUUUAAACAUAUCUGCGGAAUGUUUAGUGUUGCCAGUUAUCGUAUCGAAAAGGCAAUGACAAUCAAUAUGCUGAAGGAUAACACUCUAGAGAAUUGGAGUAUGACAUAUAAAGAAAUAAUUUACGCCGUAGAUAUUCACCGCAAAGCUUUAAACUUUACAGGAUUUUUAAUGUCAAACAUUAAUGGAUCGAUCUUUUUUUUUAUAUUAAUUUCUGUGGUUUGCUUAAGUCUUCAUCUUUUUCAAAUUUUUCAGCUUGUAUCACAUAAAGGCGAUAUUGUAGAAAUUCUAAUUCACUUUCUAUUUAUAACAGCCAUAUUCAUGUACAUGUUUUUAUCGAAUUAUGCUGGACAAGAAGUUACGGAUAAUUAUAACCGCAUAUUUUUCACAACAUAUAAUGUUCUAUGGUAUAUAGCACCUUUACACAUUCAAAGACUACUACUUUUUAUAUUGCAAAGGGGCAGCAAGAAUUUCGGUUUAAAAGUUGGCGGAUUAUUAUUUGUAUCCUUAGAAUGUUUGGCCUCACUAACGAGUACAUCAAUAUCUUACUUUACCGUUAUGUGUUCUACACAGAAGUAAUAUGAAUAAUGUAACAUAUUGUAACAUAUUAUAAUAGAAUAGAUAAAUAUAAAACAAAUAACUAAUUACGUUGAUCUGUAAUCGUGACUAUUAAACUGUUAAAUGAAGAGAUGUAGAACGAAGAUAAUAUAUCUUUCUUUUUCGUUAUGA